GGAGUUCUUUUUGAUCCCUUGAACCUCUCGAAAGACCCAGCAGCUUUUGAGGAAUUGAAAGUAAAAGAGAUAAAAAAUGGGCGUUUAGCUAUGGUUGCAUGGCUAGGCUUCUACGUCCAAGCAGCUUUGACAGGUAAAGGUCCAAUACAAAACUUUCUUGAUCAUAUCUCAGACCCAUUUCACAAUAAUCUGUUAGCAAUAUUCAAACUUGUGUAAAGCAUUCUUUUUAAAAUGUAUAUAUACUGCUCAACAUCUAUAGUCAACAUCCAAGUUAUCAGUUUGUUUUUCUUUUCGAGUCAAUUUAUCUUGUGCUGGUGUUAUUAUUAGAAGUAAUGUUGCAUUAACAGUUUUGAUAUACGAGAUGGUUCAUAGCUAGAAAAAACAUGGUACUUGAUUUCAUACUAAAUUUUCAAAACCAGUGGGAACACAAGAAAGCCAGAAUUAGAGUUAAAAUUGUUUCUUGGUUAGCUGGUUAAAUCAUGCUUGGUACGUUGACUGUUCUAAAAUUGAUAAUACUUAAAGUUCUGAGAUUGACAAGGCUCAGCACUUAAUGAGCAAAUAUAAUUACUUAUAUAGAACAAAUAAUCUUCAAAAAACAAUAUACACUUAUUAAAAAUUAAAAAUUCUCCUUCCCACAUAAAUAGUAUUUCAGUAUUAUUCACUGGUAUAUUAUGAUAUUAACUGUAUAUGUAAAAAGAAGAGAAAAUUACAUCUCUUAUGAAGAACAAAAAUAAAUAACAAACUUAAUUAUAAGUCGUCUCAUGAUCUUUAAUUAGUGCAUGCACUGAGAAUUUAUACUCCACAGAUUUAUAGUGCUGGAGGAUAUAGUUUGUGGGUGUAUAAUAUGUUGUAGUCUACUGAUGAUCAGUACCCUCCAAGGAGGUGACAACAAUUAUAAACUCCAAAUUUUCAUCAUGAGCACCCUGAUUUUUUUCCCUAUUUGUUCUUUUGAAUUUAAAGGACCACGUGCAGCUUUCUCACUGGUGGAAGUAGAUACAUUUGUGAUUUGUAUCGUUAUAUACACAUAUAUAGAUACAUUCUAUAAUUUCACUCCCUCUCUGAUGUAGUGUUUGUGCAUACAUGAACACCAAAAUAUUUUUGAUUGGUUUAGUCUCUACAUGUCAUGAGUAUUAGUAUUUGAAGCACAAUAUAUUAAAGAAAGGUAAUAUAUUAAGAGAAGUUUCCAGCACUCUUAUUUAAUAAUGGCUGCACUUCUGAUUCACUGCAAAAUGGAUCCUAAUGCUAGUUCUUGGUUGGAAGGGAAACAAAAGAAAAAAAAAAAAAAAAAACUUAAUGAAGUAUUAUUCAUCACAAAUUUAAAAUGGGUAGUUAUGUUUUCUUUUCUUUUUGUUUUUGGGAAUUUUAUGGUGGCAACAAAUACCAUUUUGCAUGCAAAUCAAAAUUAAGUAACCCAGAAAGUUCAACAAGACAAAAACAAAAAACAAAAGUUUAUGUGAUUUAAUCAAAGUGACUUAUUUCCUUUAGAUAUACUAUAAGAGAAUCUAAAUGACACUACAAUAUGUCUAUCUUAUGUUCAAAGACUAGUUCUACCACAUUCAUAUCUCAGAAAGUAACCCAUAUUAUUUACAAGUACUCAAAAUACAUAUGGGGUUAAUGUGAAAUUAAUGAUUAAGAUAUUCCAUAUGUAGAGAUAUAGUAAGUGAAAAUGGAGAGUUUUGGUGUUUUGACGAUUUGGAAUUUUGAGAUGUUUAUGGGAGAUGAUAUGAUGUGGUUGGUGCAACAGUUAUAUUCAAGUGUAGUAACAGACAUAGUGGGUAGCAAGAGAUAAUGUUUUGCAGAGUAAACCUGGCAAAAACCCACUUUGCUCUUUCAAAGUUUUCUGAAUCCUCCAUUGAAAUUCCACCAUACCCCACCACACAAAAGGAAAUUAGAAAAGGAAAAAAGCCAAGCCCACAAGGUUGAAAUUGCAAUCUAUUCCCAUUCCCCAUUACUCCUUUUCAUACUCCAGUUUCAUAAGCCAUCAUUACCCUCCAUGCAAUCCUCAACUUAUUUACAUACAUACAUAUAUAUAUAUAUAUUAGCUUUAUCUUAAACUAAAAAGUUUGUCAUCAAAGGUUAAACUCGUUCUUUCCUCAUCAAAACCAGACAAUUCUGAAACAUUGGGUUCUUUGGUAAUCCUGAGAGUCACAAAUUUAUGAGGCAACAUUCCAUUAUGUGCAUGUGAUGGUCUAAAUCUCAAAAUUAAACCCCAGCAAGCCGCAGCAAAUCUUCUUCUAUUUUUUCUCUCUGGUGGCUGCAAGAAUGGGAGUUGUACCAAAACUGGUUUCUAUCCUCACAUGUAUAAUUACUGUUGUAAUUGUUCUUGUCAUACCAUUUGUUAGCUCCUCUCAAGAAGAACCCAAAACUUUGGCCACACAUGCAAGCGGAAGCAAGGAUGUUGUUGACAGGACAAUGAGUCCUAAACUGCAAUCUGAAGUCACACUCCAUGGAUUCCUCCUCUGGGCUUCAAUGGGUUUCCUGACGCCAGUAGGAAUCCUGGCAAUCAGAAUGUCAAACAGAGAAUGUGGAGGAAGAAGGCUAAAAAUCCUUUUCUAUGUUCAUACCAUUUCACAGAUAGUUGCUGCACUUCUUGUAACAGCAGGAGCAGUAAUGUCCAUAAAAAACUUCAACAACUCUUUCAACAAUCAUCACCAGAGAAUAGGAGUAGCCCUUUAUGGCAUCAUAUGGUUGCAAGUCCUACUAGGUUUUGUAAGGCCAAGCAGGGGAUGCAAAGGGAGAAGUGGGUGGUUUUUGGCACACUGGUUGAUGGGAAGUGCAAUGACAGUGCUGGGAAUAAUCAAUACAUACACUGGUUUGGAAGCAUACCAUGAAAAAACAUCAACAAGUAUAAAGCUUUGGAGUAUACUUUUCACUUGUCAAAUUUCCUUUAUUGCUUUUCUUUACCUCUUUCAAGACAAGUGGCCCUACAUACAAAUUCAGGGAGUGAUUUCAGGCAAUCUCCAACCUAAUCACAACCACAAAGAAUCUGGCACCGACCCUUGUUAAAUCUCUAUUAACUUUUAAUUUAACAUAUAUAUACUUAACAUGGAAUUCUUUAAUCGCUA